UGUAGUAGACAGAACUCUGCAACGGUGUGCCGCACUGCCGCCCAAGGGCAAAACCUAAGAAAGUCUAAUCUGCAAGAGAAAAAUCGCAGUGGGUAGGAUCAAACUUCAAAGAACGUAUCUGAAGUUUCAAACUUUCACGUUUUUGCUUAUAAUGGAAGCCAAAUUUUUUCGCUUUCUUAAAAUUGUGGGGGUUGGGUUCAAAGCCAGAGCCGAAUCUGAAGGUCGCCUCUUGUAUCUGAAAUUGGGUUACAGCCAUGAGGUUGAACUCACUGUUCCACCAGCUGUACGUGUAUUCUGCUUUAAACCAAACAUCGUAUGCUGCACAGGAAUAGACAAGCAAAGAGUUCACCAGUUUGCUGCUGCUGUUCGCAGUUGUAAACCUCCUGAAGUUUACAAAGGAAAAGGUAUAAUGUACAUUGAUGAAGUUAUAAAGAAGAAGCAAGGAAAGAAGUCCAAAUGAUUUCAGCAGUGUAAAAGGACCUUGUUGGUUCUAAUGGAAGACAAACUGCAAUUCAAUUUGUUUUCAGCAGUCCAACUUGUAUGCUUAAAGAUGUUAAUUUAUGGAAAUUACUGAGAAGGCUUUUAUCAAUUCAAUUUGUUCUCGAACUAAAUACCACUUUCUACAUUCAGAAUUUUCUGCUGCA